AUGUCUAGCAGCGCGUCAGAAACCGUGGUUGAAAAGUAUCGCUACGAAAUCCUCUUUGGCACGUGGCUAGCCGUCACAGGAGCGACAUUUCUGCGUAUCAAGCGACAGCCGUACAGCACCCGCCUGAAGAUUGAGCAGUACGAGAGCAUCUUCAAAGGCACUUCACUCAGCGCCGUCCUUAUCGGCAUCGGCAUCACCCCCGCACGCAGCACCGCAAGGCGCUUCACUGGCAACUAA